AUGGAGGCAUUAAUAAAAAGACGUGGUCAAAUGAAAAGUAGAGUUACCGUAUUCAAAACAGCCAUUAAUAAAGUGAUAGCUAAUUCACCAGACAAGACACAAGCAAUAGAUCAUAUAAAGAAGUUAGAGAUAAUCGAGCGCCUUAAGCUUAUACGAGAAACAUAUUGCAAAUACGACGAGAUACAAUCGCAAAUCGACGAACUUAGUGAAAACGAGCAAGAUACAAUAGAAUAUCGGGAAAGGUUCAAAGAAGAGUAUUAUAACGUAGUAGCACAGGCCGAAAUGUUACUUGCUCGUGAUAGUAUAACGGAGAUGCUCGGUGCGGCCAAUAUCGAGGUUCAAAAUGCGCAGUCAGCGAUAUCGCUUACUCAAGAACAAGCUAAUCUUUUGAAUCCCCCUAAUGUUGCGAGACAAGCAAAUCAAAAUAUUAUCUUUAAGGCGCCGGGCAUUAGGUUACAGACUAUCGAAUUACCUAAACUCAAUGGAGAUAUAGCGGAAUGGCUCGGUUUUCGUGAUACAUUUCUGUCACUUAUACAUAGCAACGAAACGAUAAGUCCAAUCCAGAAGUUUCAUUAUCUUAGGGCCGCAUUGGAAGGCAAUGCAGCACAAAUCAUAAAGUCAUUAGAAUUUUCAGUUAUAAAUUACAAUGUGGCUUGGGAAACAAUAUGUAAUCGCUUCAACAAUAAAAGAUUGUUAACCCACAACCACAUUAAGGCGAUUUUCAAGAUUAAAUAUAUGCAAGAAGAGUCUCCUAGUCAGAUUCGUGAGAUAGUAGAUAAAAUUAACAAGUACUUAAGAGCUUUGAAUGCGUUAGGGCAAUCAACUGAACAUUGGGACGCGUUACUCAUUUAUUUAAUUUCAUCGAGAUUGGAUAACAUUACAGCGAGAGAAUGGGAAAAACAGUGCGCAGAUAAUGAGCUUCCGAGUUUAGAAGAGUUUAGAGAGUUUCUUAACUCGCGGGCAAGUCUAUUAGAGACAUUAGAAUUAAAUAAUAAGAAAGGGACACAUAUAUCUAUGAAGGUAAAUCGUAACAAAUCAAAAUCGUUUUUAAUUCAGAAGCAAACUUGUGCAAAUUGUAAUGAAACACAUUAUAUACAGAAUUGUCCUAAAUUCCUAGAGCUUACACCACAAAAAAGAGCAGAAUAUUUAAAAAACGCAAAACUAUGUCUUAAUUGCUUGAAACCAGGACACUAUAUUAAGGAUUGCAGGGCUGGUCCGUGCAGACAAUGCACAGGUAAACAUAACACCUUAAUAUAUUUUGAGAAGCCUUCAUCAGCACAGCCAGCGGAGAGCAAGGAGGGCACCACUGAAUCUAAGGUAUUGUUUGUGUAUAAUCAAGGCAACAAUAUUCAUGUUUUGUUAUCGACGGCAGUCGUACUUGUUAAGGACAAGCAAGGUAACAUGCACAAGGCUCGUGCUAUCCUUGAUCCUGGAUCACAAUCCAGUUUAAUUACGAACAAUUUUUGUAAGAAGUUAAAGUUAGAAAGAUCUGAAGUACGUAUUAAUUUAGAAGCUGUUAACAACGCAGCGUGUCAAAUAAAACACAAGUGUGAUAUUGUUGUGUCAGCAUGCCACUUUAAUUUUGAAUUUACUUUACCAUGUCUUAUCAUUCCAGAGAUAACCGGACCGUUGCCGAACGUUAGACUAGAUAAGCAGAGACAGAUCAAGAUAGGAAAAGAACAACUUACAUUGCAGAAAACAAAAUUAGGCUGGUUAGCAGCAGGACUAUUAAUGACUCAACCUACAAAUGUAGUACGUUAUAAUUUAAGUAAGUGUGUCGAUAUAAGCGAACAAAUUGCUAAGUUUUGGGAACUCGAAGAAGGUUUCAAUCAAAGAGUUUUUUCUCAAGAAGAAAAAGAAUGUGAAUCACAUUUCUCCAGCACACAUAGACGCGAGAAGGGUAGAUUUGUAGUUAAAAUUCCCUUAAAGAAAGAUUCAUGCGCCUUAGGUGAGUCUUACGGUAAAGCACUAAAACGUCUAGUUAAUCUCGAAACAAGGCUACGCAAAGAUUCUACAAUUAGAGAACAGUAUAUAACAUUUCUACAAGAGUAUAAGGAAUUAGAUCAUAUGAGGAGAAUAGAAAGUAAUCAAAUAAACAAGUCUGCUUAUUAUCUUCCGCACCAUUGUGUAAUUCGGGAUGAAAGCUUAACGAUAAAGAUCCGUGUUGUUUUUGAUGCGUCCGCAGCGACUGAUAAUGGGGUUUUGUUAAAUGAUAUACAAAUGGUAGGUCCUACAUUGCAGAUACUUAUAGCACCUGAGCAGCGCUUCCUACAGAGAAUAUUGUGGCGCGAGGAUACAAAGGAUCCUGUACAAGUGUUUGAAUUAAACACUCUUACUUAUGGUAUUGCUUCAGCACCAUACCUAGCCACUAGAUGUUUAAUAGAAUUAGCUAACGAAAAUGAAUCGCAAUUUCCAGAAAUAGCAAGGAUUAUAAGGAAGGAUUUUUAUAUCGAUGACCUUAUAACCGGGGCUGAUACCAUGGAAGAGGCAACAAAUAUAGUACAUGAGAUUUCGCGUAUAUUAGCAUUUGCAGGAUUUAAACUUCGCAAAUGGAUUUCGAAUGAACCUGCUAUAAUUCGAGACGUUCCAUUAGAAGAUCAAAUUCUAAGCUAUACUAAAUUUACCGACGGUGAUCAAAUUAAAACUCUUGGCUUAGUAUGGCAGGCACAUCAUGAUAGAUUAAUGUAUACCACAAGGGAUUUACCACAAACGAAGAGAUUCAUAGAGAACUGUAGACAUCGCGAUAAACAUAGGUCGGGAAUUCUUACAGUUAUAGAAUUAAAGGAUGCGUUAUAUACACUCGCCAAAUUAUCCCAAGCGCAAUCCUUCGCUACUGAAAUUCAAAGUCUAAAAGAAGACGAUAGCGAUAAUGAUAAAGAGUAUAAUUAUCCGGACGAUUUGGACGUAAACAAUGAUUUGGUUAAUUUUGUAGAUAACAUUAGAGAACAGGCUGAAUGUAAAGUAAAUGAAAGUGUAGAAACUGAUAGUGUAGCAACAUCUUCUAGACGCGAAGCCUAUUUUAAAGAUUUAAAACAUUCAGAUUUGGGAAUAGAUUACAAACCAAUGCGCCCUGAUAAGUUUGUUGUUCGUCAUAUCGAAUCAAUCGAAAGUAUAUCGAAAUUAGAACAUGCUGCAAUUAAACGUGUAAAUGAAAAAAUUGCAUUGGCAGAAGACAAUAAUAAAACAGCGAAAAAAAGCAAAGUUGAGUUUAAUAUGUCAGAUGAAGAAACAGAAAGUAUUGUUAAUAACUAUAAUUAUUUAACAGAACAAGAAAACUGGAAAGGUUUAAAUAUUGAAGCAAGAAAAUCAAAGAAAUCGGAAGGACAAAUUCAAGCUGACAAACAA